AUUUUUGUUAUAACCUUCUAUUACCUACGUAAAACUCUUAGACCCAUUUGUACGCAAUAAAAUCGUAGUGAUUGUUAUGGCAUUACAAGUCGUCCAAGAAUUACAGGAUAAAAAGAUACUGUGUGUCGGUUUGGUAUGUUUAGACGUCGUCGUAUUUUGUAAGUCAUAUCCAGAGGAAGAUACCGAUCAGAGAUGCUUAGCUCAUCGUUGGCAGCAAGGUGGAAAUGCAGCCAACAACUGCACAGUUCUCAAGCAGCUUGGAGUUUCCUGUGAAUACUUAGGAACAAUGAGUACAGAUUAUGGUGGAUUAUUUCUCAAAAAAUGCUUUAUUGACAGCCACAUAGACAUCAACAACUGUGUUUACUAUGAAGAAACAGAGUGCCCGAUGUCAUGUGUAUUGAUUAAUUCCCAGAAUGGAUCACGUACCAUAUUGCAUUCAAAUAACAAUCUACCUGAAUUGAGUUGUGAAGAAUUUAAAAAAAUAAACUUAAAGGAAUAUAAUUGGAUCCAUUUUGAGGGAAGGAAUGUGGCAGAAGUAUGUAAAAUGAUUCAGCACAUUGAAAACUGGAAUGAAAAUCAUCCAACAGACAAGAUUUUUGUGUCUGUUGAAUUAGAGAAAGCUAAAACACCAUUAAGAGAACUGCUUGAUAAAGCAGAUUUUGUUUUUAUUGAGAAAGAUUUUGUUAAACUUUUUGAUAUUGAAAGAAUGGAAACUGCGGUUCGGGAAUUAUCACAAAUGGCUCGGCAAGGCUCAAUUCUCAUAUGUCCUUGGGGUGACCUGGGAGCUUGUGCCUGUGACAUAGAUGGAAAGCUUGUCCUUUCACCAGCUUAUCCACCCUUAAAGUUGGUAGAUACUCUAGGAGCAGGAGAUACCUUUGUUGCUGCCUGUAUCAUGGGCUUAAGAAAUGGACAGUCAGUUGAAGAAGCUGUUACCCUGGGCUGCAAAUUAGCAGGAGCAAAAUGUGGAUUAGAAGGUUAUAGCUCUCUUGCUAAUGUAUAUGAAAAGGUGAAAGAGGAUAAACAUAAAUAAAGUAUUCUACAAACUUUGGAAAUGUACCAAACAUGUA